AUGCUGUUGCUGGCAGACAUAAUGAUGAUAAUCUUUUUUACAGCUGAUGCUACAGCACAACAAUGUAUGGCAUACGGAGCUGAUGAUCUUCUUCAUUUUUCUAAAGAGGGUGAUGUCUCCAUAGGAGGCAUUUUUUCAUUCCAUCAGUUUCCACUAGAUGUGAAUCCAACACUACAAGUCAACCCAGGAAAUAUUAGGUGUUUUGGGGUUGAUCCAGGAGAGCUGCAGUAUGCCAUGACUAUGAUGUUUGCUAUUGAGGAGAUUAACAAUAGCACAGAUAUCCUUCCUGGCUUUACACUGGGCUACAGAAUAUAUGGCUCCUGUCCCAGCAUUCCUCUCUCUGUGAAAGCAUCACUGGUUCUCAUUAAUGGCCCAGAAGACAGGAUUGAUGAAUGCAUCAAACUCUCCUCCGUGCAUGCUGUCAUUGGGGAGACGACUUCAACAGCCACCAUCGGAAUUGCAAGGACCAUGGGCCCAUUUCGGAUACCAGUGCUCAGUCACUCAGCUACCUGUGCAUGUCUGAGCAACAGAAAGGAGUACCCCUCUUUCUUCAGAACAAUUCCCAGUGAUUACUACCAGAGCAGAGCGCUGGCAAAACUGGUUAAGCACUUUGGCUGGACCUGGGUAGGAGCUGUUAGAAGCAGGAGCGAUUAUGGCAAUGAUGGAAUGGCCAGUUUUCUAGAAGCUGCUGAUAAAGAAGGAGUAUGUGUGGAGUACUCUGUGGCUAUUUACAGGACUGACCCCAGAGAGAAAUUUCUAGAUGUGGUGGACGUCAUUAAGACAUCCACGUCCAGGGUCAUUGUGGCUUUUGCAGACGGUAAUGACCUGGACAUCCUCAUUGAAGAGCUUUACUACCAGAAUGUGACUGGUUUUCAGUGGGUUGGCAGUGAGGGCUGGAUCACAUACAGGUAUUUAGCCAAUGCCAUCAACUAUGCUGUGGUUGGUGGUGCAGUAGGCUUCGCUGUGCCCAAUGCUCAUAUCCCAGGCUUGAAAGAAUUUAUUGCAAGCAGCCGACCCUAUAUGACACCAGGUAAUACAGGACUGGUUGAACUGUGGGAGAAUGUAUUUGACUGUAAUCUGAGACUUCAAUCACACAAUGGUGCCAAAUCCUGCACUGGAGAGGAGUCUCUGGAGACUGCACACACAAGGUUUACAGAUGUCACAGAUGCCAGCCUGCUGAACAACAUCUAUAAGGCUGUAUAUGCUGUGGCUUAUGCUGUGGAUGGACUGCUGGCCUGUGUGGAAGGGAAGGGGCCAUUUCCCAAUGGCUCAUGUGCAAAUACACGAAGAAUAGAGCCAUGGCAGGUCCUUCAUUACCUCUCACAAGUAAAUAUCACUAUGAAAAAUGGAGAGAAAGUUCUGUUUGAUGAGUUGGGUGACCCAGUUGCACGCUAUGCUCUGGUCAACUGGCAGAUGAACAGUGAAGGAAGCAUAAUAUUUGAGACCAUUGGUCUAUAUGAUGCAUCCCAGCAAGAUGGCCAAGAGUUUGUAAUGAAUGAUGAUGUUACUGCAGUCUGGGCAGGAGAUCAGCGAAUGGUUCCUAGGUCAGUAUGCAGUGAAAGCUGUCUCCCCGGAACCAGCAGGGCUUUCACAGAGGGGAAGCCAAUCUGCUGCUUUGACUGCAUUCCUUGUGCAGAUGGAGAGUUCACUAACACCACAAGUGAGAAGACCAGGCUCCUCUCUUUUGCCUUAAUGCUGAUGGUGUUUUUAAGUGGCCGACUUAAAGUUCAAAUGAUUUCACACCUUGUAGAAAUGUCCUCAUUUCCCCUUUUUAAUAUGCCUAUGGUUUCAGAUGCAGUGACAUGCCUUCCAUGCCCUCUCGAGUACAAGUCAAAUGGGAACAAGACUCGAUGUGACCUGAAAAAUAUUGAAUUCCUGAAUUUUAAUGAAGUCAUGGGAAUUCUACUUGUGACAUUUUCUUUGUUUGGCGGAUGUCUCACAAUCACCAUUGGCUUGAUUUUUUUCCACUAUAGACAGACUCCCAUUGUUAGGGCCAAUAACGCAGAGCUGAGCUUCCUGCUGCUCUUCUCACUGACUCUGUGUUUCCUCUGUUCACUUACUUUCAUUGGCCGGCCCUCUGAGUGGUCCUGUAUGCUGCGUCACACAGCGUUUGGGAUCACCUUCGUCCUCUGCAUCUCCUGUGUUCUGGGGAAAACAAUAGUGGUGUUAAUGGCCUUCAGAGCUACACUUCCAGGCAGUAAUGCCAUGAAAUGGUUUGGGCCUCCACAGCAGAGACUCAGUGUUCUUGCCUUCACUCUCAUACAGGUCCUAAUCUGUAUUCUUUGGUUGACAAUAUCUCCUCCCUUUCCUCAUAAAAACAUGAACCAUUACAAAGACAGAAUUAUUCUAGAAUGUCAUGUAGGAUCAGCUAUAGGUUUCUGGGCUGUGCUGGGUUAUAUAGGAUUUCUGGCUCUUCUGUGUUUUAUUUUGGCUUUUCUAGCUCGGAAGCUGCCUGAUAACUUUAAUGAAGCCAAGUUCAUCACAUUCAGCAUGCUCAUAUUCUGUGCAGUGUGGAUCACAUUUAUCCCAGCUUAUGUCAGCUCUCCUGGAAAGUUUAUUGUAGCUGUGGAGAUAUUUGCCAUUUUGGCCUCAAGUUCUGGAGUACUUUUUUGCAUAUUUAUUCCCAAGUGCUACAUUAUUUUACUAAGACCAGAUAAGAACACUAAGAAACAUAUGAUGGGUAAACAUCCUUUAAAAAAUCAAAAGGUAGCUGCUGCCUCUUGUGUCGACUCCAGCCAUCUAGCGCUCUUCUUCAGGAGAGCAGUCAAAAAGUUGAAAAGGUGGAUGGAGUCUAUCUUUACUCUCUUGCAUGUAGUAAUGGGCAUUAUUAAUUUUUCUAGUACAAAUGGAACUUUCUGUAACCUGCAAGGAGAACCUGUAAACCCACAACUUUCAAAGGAUGGUGAUAUUUUCAUUGGAGGGAUCUUUCCCUUUCAUAGCAGCUGGGACAUGACAGAUGUGUCCUAUAUUCUUAAGCCAUCACCGCUGACUUGCGUGAGUCUUGAUUUCAGAGCUUUCCAGUUUUCACAGUCUUUGAUUUUUGCAAUAGAAGAGAUCAACAACAGCUCCUCUUUACUCCCUGGUGUUUCACUGGGCUACAAGAUCUAUGACACAUGCAGUUCCACGGCUAUGGGGGUCAGAAUGGCUAUGGCACUGGUUAAUGGAAAUGACAACUCAAUAUUGGAUGAGCACUGCACAAAGCCAGCACAGGUGCAGGCCAUAAUUGGUGAGACAUACUCAUCAGCAUCAAUGGCUAUCGCGAAGAGUGUUGGACCUUUCAGCAUUCCCUUAAUCAGUCACUAUGCCACCUGUGAGUGUCUCAGUGACAAAAGGAAAUAUCCAUCAUUUCUGCGCACUAUUCCCAGUGAUUAUCACCAGAGCAGAGCACUGGCAGAGAUGAUCAAGCACUUUGGCUGGACCUGGGUGGGUGCAAUCAGAAGAGAUGAUGACUAUGGUAACAGUGGAAUGGCUGCAUUUACUGAAGCUGCAGAGCAGCUGGGCAUUUGCUUAGAAUAUUCCCUUACGUUUUUCACAACCUACUCUCAAGACAAAGUGCUGAGAAUAAUCCAGCAGAUCAAAAGCUCUACUUCUCGAGUGAUUGUAGGAUUUCUUGGUCACUGGGACUUGGAAAUUUUGCUGAAUGUAUUUUAUGAGCACAACAUCACUGGAUACCAGUGGGUGGGAACUGAAGGUUGGAUCUCUGAUUCAGGACUAGCCACUCGGGAUAAGCACAAAAUACUGCAAGGAGCCAUCGGGCUAGCUAUUCCAAAAACAACAGUGACGGGUCUGAAGGAAUUCAUUCUGGAUAUAUAUCCACUGAAAUCUGCAGGCAGUGCCAUUUUUACUGAAUUCUGGGAGACUUUAUUUCAUUGCAAAUAUACAGUGCAGAAUAACUCAAAACAUACAACAGUGUGCACAGGACAGGAGAAGCUCUCUGAAAUGGACAAUGAAUUCACAGACAUGUCCCUCAUGCCCAUUUUCAGUAAUGUGUAUAAAGCAGUAUACGCUAUUGCCCAUACCCUACACAAACUUCUGGGCUGCCUGCAGACAUGUCCAACACAGAAGCAGCCUGAUCCUCUCACUUUUCUAGAACAUCUUAAAAGAGUGCGCUUCAAAACCAAAGAGGGCGAAGAGAUUUAUUUUGACGAAAAUGGGGACCCUGCAGCUAAAUAUGAAAUAAUAAACUGGCAAACAACUAAUGAUCAGCAACAUCAGUUUGUCACUGUUGGGCUUUAUGACUCUUCUUUUCCUGCUCACGAUCGAUUAGUGGUAAAAAGGGCCUCCCUUGUGUGGGCACAAAAUAGUAAUCAAGUGCCGGUGUCUGUGUGCAGUGAGAGCUGCCCUCCAGGCACCAGGAAGGCUGUGCAGAAAGGAAAGCCUAUCUGCUGCUUUGACUGUAUACCAUGUGCUGAAGGAGAGAUCAGUAACAAGACAGACUCGAUAAAAUGUGAACAAUGCUACCAAGACUUCUGGUCAAAUCAACACAGGAAUGAAUGUGUAAAGAAGGAAAUAGAAUUCCUGUCAUAUGAGGAAACCAUGGGAAUUUUGCUAACAGUAGUUUCUAUUAUCGGUACAUUUUUGACAAUAAUAAUAGCAAUUAUAUUCUUCAGACAUAAAAAUACUCCAAUAGUCAAAGCCAACAACUCAGAGCUGAGCUUCCUGCUGCUCUUCUCUCUGGCUCUGUGUUUCCUCUGUUCUCUUACUUUCAUUGGUCAGCCCUCUGAGUGGUCCUGUAUGCUGCGUCACACAGUGUUUGGGAUCACCUUCGUCCUCUGCAUCUCCUGUGUUCUGGGGAAAACAAUAGUGGUGUUAAUGGCCUUCAGAGCUACACUUCCAGGCAGUAAUGUCAUGAAAUGGUUUGGGCCUCCACAGCAGAGACUCAGUGUUCUUGCUUUCACUCUCAUACAGGUCCUUAUCUGCAUUCUUUGGUUAACAACAUCUCCUCCUUUCCCCUUUAAAAAUCUAAAGCACUAUAAGGAAAAGAUCAUCCUAGAAUGUCAUUUAGGAUCAACUAUAGGUUUCUGGGCUGUGCUGGGUUAUAUUGGACUUUUGGCUCUACUGUGUUUUAUUUUGGCUUUUCUAGCACGGAAGCUGCCUGAUAAGUUUAAUGAAGCCAAGUUCAUCACAUUCAGCAUGCUCAUAUUCUGUGCAGUGUGGAUCACCUUCAUCCCAGCUUAUGUCAGCUCUCCUGGAAAGUUCACUGUAGCUGUGGAGAUAUUUGCCAUUUUGGCCUCAAGCUUUGGUUUGUUAUUCUGCAUCUUUCUUCCAAAGUGUUAUGUAAUCAUACUGAAACCAGAAAACAACACUAAAAAACAAAUUAUGGGUAAAGUGCCAGUUAAGUGA